CGCGCCCUUUCUGAAGUAGUACGACCGGAACGCUGAAGCUUAUCAGGUUGCAUUCUACGGCUCUUCAAUUCUGAAAAUGACCAGCGAAGACAGUAAAGCAGUUGUAAACAAAGAAUUCCUUACAGGCGUCGUUGAAGGUAUGUUUCGCAUCCUCGAUUUGAUUUGCAUUUAGGUUUUUACGGUCGACCUUGGACCUAUCCUCAACGGAAAGAACUAUUUCGAAGAAUGAACCAGAUGGGGAUGAAUGCCUACCUAUACGCUCCUAAGGAUGAUAUUAAACACAGACAGUCAUGGAGGGAUUUGUACACUCAAGAGGAAGAGCAGCAACUUCAGUUUUUGAUUACUGAGUCCACUGAGGCUGGAGUACUUUUUAUUUUUGCGAUAUCACCAGGCUUAGAUGUAACGUUUUCUAGUGCCAAAGAAGUAGAUAUUUUAAAGAAAAAGGUUGAUCAGGUUUCGAAGCUCGGUUGUCGUGCAUUCGCCCUUCUUUUUGAUGACAUUGAACCGCGCCUGUGUCCUGCAGAUCGAGAGGUAUUUAACUCAUCAGCCCGUGCUCAGGUUAUGUUCGCCAAUGAAAUUUACAACCAUUUAGGAUGUCCAGAUGUAUUUUUAUUCUGUCCAACAGAGUACAGUGCAAGUUUGGCAGUACCUAAUAUUAAUAAGUCAGAAUAUUUAGCAACAGUUGCUUCCUGUUUAGCACCAGGUAUCGCUGUCAUCUGGACCGGUCCACUUGUGGUAUCUAAACGAAUUUUAACUAAGGAGCUGCAGGAAUUAUCUGCCUUACUACAACAUCCUAUCGUUUUGUGGGAUAAUUUACAUGCUAAUGAUUAUGACCAGCGUCGCGUAUUUAUCGGACCAUACAGUGGUCGACCUUUAGCUUUACGCCGCAAAGGCUUGCUUAGAGGCGUGUUAACAAAUCCAAAUUGUGAAUUUGAAGCAAACUAUGUGGCGUUGCAUACUCUUGCACAAUGGUCUAGGCAAGCUGGUAGCAAACAUAUAAUACAAUCAACUGAUACAGAAAUGCUGUGUACAAGUGAAGAUUUCGAAUCUAAUGCUUCUGAUGAUAACGAGAUGAUUGAUGAUGGUGUCGAUGAUCAAAAGUCAGGUGAUAAUAAUGAACACGCAUCUGUCUGUCAAGAUGAAUAUGUAAAUAGAAAACGACAAUAUGCAUCUGUUUACAGACCUCGUGAAGCUCUUCGUAUAGCUUUACGAGAUUGGCUUGCAUUAAUGCUUCAGGUUGGUGCUUCAAAACCCAGUACGGCUAUAGGUACUCCUACGCCUAUGGACACAGAUAACCUUGAGAAUGGUCAAAACGAAGCUCCCAUGCAGGUUGAAUUCCCUCCUUCCAAUGCGAUCGUAACUUCUGAUAAUAAUUCUUAUGAAACUCCUAUUUCAGGUGAUGUAAAUUCAGUCGCUGUUACUUUAGAGGAUUUGGAAAUGUUUGCUGAUCUUUUCUACUUACCUUUCUCUCAUGGACCUGCAGCUAUUCGUCUACUAGAAUUAGGCCAUUGGUUACGUGAAUAUUCAUAUGUUUGUGGACCUAAUCCAUCUGAUCUUGAGAAAGCAACUGAAUGGAAUAAAAAGUUUUCAGAUUAUAUAGAUAUGGUUUCGGCAAUUAGUCGAAUACGAGAUCGUAUACAACGUUUACCAUCUAAAAGUAUCUCCUAUGAACUAGCUCCAUAUAUAACUGAAGUUUAUACUGUGGUUGGGAUUAUCCUGGAUUAUUUUCGAUGGUUAGAAACCGGAGUCAUGGCUUUUCGUAGCAUGUCUCAUUUAAAGCGGCUUUUAACAUGGUUUUCACCUGGCUACCGUGAUAUGGUAACAUCUGGCGAUCAAGAACCAUGGACAUUUCGUGGUGGGUUGAUAACGGAACUUCAGAGAAUUUUACCACUUGAAUCUGCUCAAGAUCUUUUCCCUGCACCGAGUCGUGCUGUACCAGGGAUGACUACUAUUCCUUAUUUGAAUUGGCCUGAUAAUGCACCAAGUGUAUACACACCACUUCCACCUGCUGUUCCCCCAAUGAUUCCGAUUCAACCUUCAAUCUUCCCGAAUUUUUCAAGGUUUCCAUCAUAUGUUGUUCGACCAUAUAAACCUGAGGAUAAACCAUGUAUGUAUAGUUUAUUCAGAAAGCUACUUUUGGCUCGUGUUGGUUUACCUGAAAACGCUCUGCCAUUAGAAUUCCAGGAUUUACCCGGUGACAGGUAUUUACUUCCAUUUCUGCAACAUUCACCGGAAAAUUGUUUUAUGGUUAUGGGUCCACCUUUCUUACAUACCUCAAAUGACUGUUGUAGUUCAGUCACAAAUACUGAUCAUUCUACUUCAGGUAAUUGUGUCGGUUUUGGUGUUUCAGCACCGGAUGCUGUAUCUUGGGCUCGUGAACGUACUGCUCAGUAUCGAGAAUCAAUGAAAUUGAAAUAUCCUCGUGAUUUCCAGAUUGGAGUACAAAAUUCAUCUCAUGGUAGCAAAUUAGUCAUGGGAAAUGGUGAGAGUCAUAGCCCCCUAACUUCAGCUGAUACUGUUCAACUGGAGCCUACUGUAGUUACAUCUGCUCCACUUUCUCCUUUAACAGAUGAUCAUUCUUCAAGCAUUACUACAAAUCGAAAUUCUGUGGCUGUUGAAGAAUUCAUCAAGUCAAUGCUGUCGUCUUUCCAUAAUGAUACGUCUGAAGUUGUUGAUAUUGCUGCAGCUGUGAAUUUACUACCUCCUCCUGAACCACUUGGUGGAUGCCUUCCUAUAGAACCACCAUUAUCUGGUUGUUUGGAACAAUGUGAAUCGAAUUGUGCUACUGUUCCAAGCACUCCUAAUAUUCCUACUAAUUUAUCAUCUCAAUUAGAAUCUAAAUCUUCUUUUCCUAUUAAUGAAUGUGGUACAAUUAUCCCACCGCUACCUUUGCCUACACCAAUUUUACCAGACACAGCUCCUCCAUCUCCACCAUCUGGAACUGUUUGUGCACCACCAUUAGUGCCUGAUACAUGUUCAAGUAGUCCUGUAACAACAAAUUCAGUGAUAGCUCGAAAUCUUAUUGUUCCUGGUGGACCGGAAGCGCUUCAUAGUGCUUUAACAGCACAUCCUGCUAUUAUAUGGAUUGAAUUUGAUGAUAUUGGAUUAAGUAGUUGUGUUACUGGUCCUACACCUGCUAUGCUAAUUAAUCAUAAUCUUGGAUUGUGUGCAGAUUCACCUGAAGUGUUAUUGGAUUCUGUUGCGCGCCGAUUGUUUAUUUGUUUGUUAGCGGCAUUGAAAACCGUCGGUGCUCAUGGAGCACAUGUACAGUUGGAUACUAUCAAUGAACAUCGAGCAGAACUUUAUCGACGUUUCGGUUUCUAUCCUGUUCCAGCAGCUUCAAAUGAACAAACAACUGUUUUAGCUCGUUUAAUUUAAUUUUUUUUAAAAAAUAAUCCCAUUCCCUUUCCGCUCAUAUGAUCUUCUACAUAGUUUAUAUGUAUGUGUUUGUGUGUGUCUGUGUGCAGUGUUCAAUUAUCAAUGUUGAUCAUGAUGAUAAUGCUUAAAUGACGUUCUUGUUCUAAAUUCAAAUGAUUACAUGAUAUCACUGUAGAUUAUCAAUGCACUUAUAUGCUACUAUAUACAAAAAGUUUUUUUGUUUGUAUGAUAUAAUUCCUAAGACUAUUUUGCACGUUAAUGUAUUUUUUGCUGUUUUAAUGCAUACGUGCAUUUUGUAUUUGUAUGUAUUGUUUCUUUAAAAUAGUAUUAUAUUAGUUUAUUAUCUUGAUUGAAAAUAAGCAAAUAUGUAAUUUUUUUUCUCUUUUUACCCUUAUCCAUAUAGUCUAACUUGUUUUGUUUUAAAAUCCCCCAAGUUAAAUGAAUUAAAAAAAUCACAAUUUAUGACGAAAAAAAAAUUAGCCUCGUUUAUAAUAGGAUUCUUUGUUUUUGUUUUUUUUCAAUCAACAUCUAUCGUUCAAGUGAAUUGAUCAAUCUUAUUUCUAUCAUUCUCUCAAUUAUCCUAUUCUAUUGUUCGUAGCAUAACAUUUCUAAGUAUAAUUUAUGCAUAUAAUAAAUUUGAAAGUGAUUUCUGAUUAAAAAUUGAAGAAAUGUUCAAAUUUCAUUUGAUCUCUUUCAUCAUUUAUACACAUAAAUACAUUACAUAAAUGUGUAGUCUUUUAUUUUUAAUUGUUAUUUGUGCAGAUCUUAAUGUUGCUUUUUUUUUGCAGACAACAAACAAACUAAUUUCAAUUUAAACUGGAUAAAAAAAAUAUAGUUUGGUUGACGUUAUGUUUUGUAAUUUGCUUUCUUUAUACAUUAACUUUUGGAGGAUAUGUGUACACGGGAAUUGUUUAUUGAAAAAAACCAGGAAUAAUAUACUAUACUAUAUGAAACUCCAC